AUGACAUCGUCAACACACCAUACCACUCCUGGUUACUGUGAUAUCAACACCAUACCACUCCUGGGUUUCUAUGAUAUCAACACCAUACCACUCCUGGUUACUGUGAUAUCAACACCAUACCACUCCUGGUACUAUGAUAUCAACACCAUACCACUCCGGGUUACUAUGAUAUCAACACCAUACCACUCCGGGUUACUAGAUAUCAACACCAUACCACUCCGGGUUACUAUGAUAUCAACACCAUACCACUCCUGGUUACUAUGAUAUCAACACCAUACCACUCCUGGUUACUAUGAUAUCAACACCAUACCACUCCUGGUUACUAUGAUAUCAACACCAUACACUCCUGGUUACUGUGAUAUCAACACCAUACCACUCCUGGUUACUAUGAUAUCAACACCAUACCACUCCGGGUUACUAUGAUAUCAACACCAUACCACUCCGGGUUACAUAUAUCACACCAUACCACUCCUGGUUACUAUGAUAUCAACACCAUACCACUCCUGGAUACUAUGAUAUCAACACCAUACCACUCCUGGUUCCUCGGUUACUGUGAUAUCAACACCAUACCACUCCGGAUACUAUGAUAUCAACACCAUACCACUCCUGGUUUCUAUGAUCACCACCACUCCGGGUUACUAUGAUAUAACACCACACUCCGGGUUACUAUGAUAUCAACACCAUACCACUCCGGGUUACUUUGACUGCAUCCACUUUUCCAAACGCCUUCUUCACCAUCCUCGUGACUUCAAAAGGGUUUCCCAAAUGAACAUCCUUAACCAAAAAAAAAUGUACUCCAACAAGCAUCGAUUCAUCAGACUCAUCACCACCUGGUAUGGCAACUGCUGGGCAUCCGACCGUAAGGCGCUACAGAGGGUAGUGCGUACGGCCCAGUACAUCACUGGGGCCAAGCUUCCUGCCAUCCAGGACCUCUAUACCAGGCGGUGUCAGAGGAAGGCCCAAAAAAUUAUCAAAGUUUCCAGCCACCCAAGUCAUAGACUGUUUUCUCUGCUACCGCACGGCAAGCGGUACCGGAGCACCAAGUCUAGGUCCAAGAGGCUCCUUAACAGCUUCUACCCCCAAACCAUAAGACUGAUGAACAAUUAAUCAAAUGGCCACCAGGACUAUUUGCAUUGACCCCCCCCCCCCCCCCCCCACCCAUUUGUUUUUACACUGCUGCUACUCACUGUUUAUUAUCUAUGCAUAGUCACUUUACCCCUACCUACAUGUACAAAUCACCUCGACUAACCUGUACCCCUACACAUUGACUCGGUACCGGUACCCCCUGUAUAUAGCCUCGUUAUUGUUAUUUUAUUGUAACUUUUUUUUAUUUAUUUUUUAACUUUAGUUUAUUUAGUAAAUAUUUUCUAAACUUUUUUUUCUUAAAACUACAUUGUUGGUUAAGGGCUUGUAAGUAAGCAUUUCACGGUAUUCGGCGCAUGUGACAAAUACAAUUUGAUUUGAUUUUCCACAACAAUUUUAGCCCUUUUUGUUACAUUCUUGGACUUCACCGUUGUCCACUUAUCUUUGUCAAUAACUGUAAUCAAUGUCCAAUUUGUAAGUCGCUCUGGAUAAGAGCGUCUGCUAAAUGACGUAAAUGUAAAUGUAAAUGUGCUUUUUUCAUCUUCAAACAACACUUCUGCUUCCACCAUCACAACUCCGGGCCUCACAGCGCAUCUUCCCUCGACCACCCCUUCUCCACCCCUUCCCCUCGACCCUUCUCCACCCCUUCCCCUCGACCCUUCAUCCCCUUCCCCUCGACCCUUCUCCACCCCUUCCCCUCGACCACCCCUUCUCCACCCUUCCCCUCGACCACCCCUUCUCACCUUCCCCUCGACCACCCCUUCUCCUUUCUGAAGUAUCUCUGGUGCAGCUGAGCGCGAAGCGUCUUGGGAAGUGACGUUCUACAGAAUCCUGCCUUCCGAUUGGUCUAAAGUAAACCAACGACCUUUGACUCAACACGUGGUUUAAAAACUUGCGGGCGGAAAUUUGUCAAAGAUCUUUCAGACUGCACGCACUUUGUAGAAGUUUCUAACUUUACUUAGUGUUGUAGCUAAUAUUGGUCCUUUUUGAUAGUUGUGUCUUCUACAAACGUGCGCUUGACGGGUAGAUAAAACAGCAGCCAGGCAAGUCCCUGCUUCUCGUUGCAUAUUUUUACAUUAGCUAGCUAACGAUAGCUAGUUACGUUAGUAGUAGCAGUAGUAGUAGUGGUGGUGUGCACGCAUGUUUCUGUGUAAUAUUGCCGCGUUCAAAACAUCUGGGAACUCGAGAAUCUCCAACUUCAGUGCGUUCAAGACAACUCAACAUCCAACUCGGAAUUUCAAGUCGGGAACUCGGGCCUCAUGGUGAUUUCAAGACAUCUGGGAACUCGGAAAAAUACGAGGGCAAAUCAUGACGUCAGUGAUCUUCAGGUCGGAAAGUCGGAGCUCUAGAAAGAGGCCCGAGAUUCCGAGUUGGAUGACCGUUCAAAAUGAUUUUUCCCAGUCGGAGCUCGUUUUAUUUCGAGUUCCCAGUUGUUUUGAACGCACUGAAGUCGGAGAUUUCUGGGUUCCCAUUUUCCGAGUUUCCAGUUGUUCUGAACGCAGCAUCAUUCUAGAGCGCCGACUUUAAGAUCACUGACUUCAUUAUUUGAACUCGUUUUUUUUCCCGAGUUCCCAGUUGUCUUGAAAGCACCAUAUGAGUGUUGUAGGUAGUGAUGAUGAUGAUGAUGAUGAUGAAGGUGUGCAUCAGCAUGACAGUGGUGGUGGUGAUGAACAUGUGUUUCUGUGCAGAAUGAGUGUAUUGGAGGUGAGGUUUGUGGGAGAUGGAGACGCACUGGAACACAUAGUGGACAAACAAGAAGGUAGGAGUCCGAUCACACACACCAUCACAAAGACCCAUACACACACUGCUGACUCACUGAUCUGUUGAUUUUGCUGUGUGUAGGCGUGCGGGGCAGCCACAGCAGUGUGCAGAGUUUGGUGACUCUGAGGAGUGAAGCGGUGGGGAGCAGUAGAGAGGAGGAAGCAGACCUUAGUGAACUGCACUAUGUCCAGGCCCUCGGAACUGACGGUGUGUGUCUCGGUCUGUCUGUCUGUCAUCAACAAAACUUGGUGAACAGCCCUACUGACUGUGUAUGUGUGUGUCCUGUCUGACUGUGUGUCCUGUCUGACUGUGUAUGUGUGUAUCCUGUCUGACUGUGUGUCCUGUCUGACUGUAUGUGUGUAUCCUGUCUGACUGUGUGUCCUGUCUGACUGUGUAUCUGUGUGUCCUGUCUGACUGUGUAUGUGUGUGUCCUGUCUGACUGUGUAUGUGUGUGUCCUGUCUGACUGUGUGUCCUGUCUGACUGUAUGUGUGUGUCCUGUCUGACUGUGUAUGUGUGUGUCCUGUCUGACUGUGUGUCCUGUCUGACUGUGUAUGUGUGUAUCCUGUCUGACUGUGUAUCCUGUCUGACUGUGUACGUGUGUAUCCUGUCUGACUGUGUGUCCUGUCUGUGUGUGUGCAGAAGAGGGGGAGGAGUCUGUAGCAGCAGUAGGAGGAGCAUCAGUGUUCACCUUUCAGACGGUCAAACGCUCCAACAGGAUGUCCCAGAAGGGUAAGUCUCCCCAAACAUUAUAACAUUAUAACAUAGUGACCGCUCUAACAAUGGAAAUGCAUGUCCUCAAAGAUGGAAGCCAGUCGAGAGGAGGCGAGAUCAGGUGGGACCAUUCUAGCCAAUGAGGUCAGAUCGGUCUGUGAACAACAGGCACAACUCCUAUAAAGUAGUUUUUUCCAAAGUUACCGAAAGGCCACUUAUAUCAGUACAUUUGUAACAACCUAACCAAUACCAAGGCCCUCAAAAUUGUCAAAGACUCCAGCCACCCUAGUCAUAGACUGUUCUCUCUGCUACCGCACGGCAAGCGGUACCGGAGUGCCAAGUCUAGGUCCAAAAGACUUCUCAACAGCUUCUACCCCCAAGCCAUAAGACUCCUGAACAGCUAAUCAUGGCUACCCGGACUAUUUGCACUGCCCCCCCCAUCCUUUUUACGCUGCUGCUACUCUGUUAAUUAUUUAUGCAUAGUCACUUUAACUCUACCCACAUGUACAUAUUACUUCAACUACCUCAACUAGCCGGUGCCCCCGCACAUUGACUCUGCACCGGUACCCCCCUGUAUAUAUAGCCUCCCUACUGUUAUUUUAUUUUACUUCUGCUCUUUUUUUUUCUCAACACUUUUUUUGUUGUUUUAUUUUUACUUUUUUUGUUAAAAAUAAAUGCACUGUUGGUUAAGGGCUGUAAGUAAGCAUUUCACUGUAAUGUCUGCACCUGUUGUAUUCGGCGCAUGUGACCAAUAAAAUUUGAUUUGAUUUCUAUAAGUUCAGAUAAGUCCCAUACAAAAAUCCCUCACUUCGUUAUCUUAUUUUCAUGGACAGAUUUUGGGCAGGGUAAACCCGCUCGCUUCUCCUCUUCCUCUCUGGUCUCUCUUUCUCUCUGGCUUGUAGAGUAAGAACUAGUGUGUGUGUGUGUGUGUGUGUGUAGCGACUGAGCUGGCUCGUACCCCAACGAGGAGUGUGACCUUCAGAACGACCCCUGACCCUUCUGGCCCCGCCCACAAUGGCUGCAGUGAGUCCCUCUUUCAUCCAUCGUCCUUCCCUUUCUCUCAUCCUCAUCCUCUAUCUAUCCUAUCUAUCGCUCUAUAGAUCUAUAUCUCUCUCUAUCCUAUCUAUCGCUCUAUAGAUCUAUAUCUCUCUCUAUCCUAUCUAUCGCUCUAUAGAUCUAUAUCUCUCUAUCCUAUCUAUCGCUCUAUAGAUCUAUAUCUCUCUCUAUCCUAUCUAUCGCUCUAUAGAUCUAUAUCUCUUUUAGCUAUUAUCCUCUUUAGAUCUUAAUCUUCUACCAUUACGCUCUAUAGAUCUAUAUCUCUCUUUAUCCUAUCUAUCGCUCUAUAGAUCUAUAUCUAUCUUAUCCUAUCUAUCGCUCUAUAGAUCUAUAUCUCAUACUAUCCACGCUCUAUAGAUCAUAUCCUUCUCUAUCCUAUCUACGCUCUAUAGAUCUAUUUCUCUAUCUUGUAUCUAUCGCUCUUAUGCUAUAUCUCUCUCUACCCUAUCUAUCGCUCUUAGAUCUAUAUCCCCUCUCUACCUAGCAUCGCUCAUAGACCAUAUCUCUCUAUCCAUCUAUCGUCAUAGAUCUAUAUCUCUCUCAUCCUAUCUACGCUAUAGAUCUAUAUCCUCUCUAUCCAUAUAUCGCUCUAUAGAUCUAUAUCUUCCUAUCCUAUCAUCGCUUAUAGAUCUAUAUUCUUAUCUAUCCGAUCUAUGCUCUAUAGAUUAUAUCGUUCUUCCUAUCUUAUCGCUGAGACAUAUAUAUUCUCUCUCUUCCAGUAGAUACACUCGCGGUAUUCUACUUACAAAGUAUGUAGUUCUGUAAUUUGGGACGGAUCUACAACCAGAAAUCAUUGAUACUUUUUCAGUAAUCUAUUUGCUCUUCUUAUGCAUGGAGAAAGUAUUUGAUACAUCAGAAAAGCAGAACUUAAUAUUUGGUACAGAAACCCUUUGUUUGCAAUUACAGAGAUCAUACGUUUCCUGUAGGUCUUGGACCAGGUUUGCACACACUGCAGCAGGGAUUUUUGGGCCCACUCCUCCAUACAGACCUUCUCCAGAUCCUUCAGGUUUCGUGGCUGUCGCUGGGCAAUACGGACUUUCAGCUCCCUCCAAAGAUUUCUAUUGGGUUCAGGUCUGGAGACUGGCUAAGCCACUCCAGGACCUUGAGAUGCUUCUUACGGAGCCACUCCUUAGUUGCCCUGGCUGUGUGUUUCGGGAUCGUUGUCAUGCUGGAAGACCCAGCCACGACCCAUCUUCAAUGCUCUUACUGAGGGAAGGAGGUUGUUGGCCAAGAUCUCGCGAUACAUGGCCCCAUCCAUCCUCCCCUCAAUACGGUGCAGUCGUCCUGUCCCCUUUGCAGAAAAGCAUCCCCAAAGAAUGAUGUUUCCAACUCCAUGCUUCACGGUUGGGAUGGUGUUCUUGGGGUUGUACUCAUCCUUCUUCUUCCUCCAAACACGGUGAGUGGAGUUUAGACCAAAAAGCUAUAUUUUUGUCUCAUCAGACCACAUGACCUUCUCCCAUUCCUCCUCUGGAUCAUCCAGAUGGUUAUUGGCAAACUUCAGACGGGCCUGGACAUGCGCUGGCUUGAGCAGGGGGACCUUGCGUGCACUGCAGGAUUUUAAUCCAUGACGGCGUAGUGUGUUACUAAUGGUUUUCUUUGAGACUGUGGUCCCAGCUCUCUUCAGGUCAUUGACCAGGUCCUGCCGUGUAGGUCUGGGCUGAUCCCUCACCUUCCUCAUGAUCAUUGAUGCCCCACGAGGUGAGAUCUUGCAUGGAGCCCCAGACCGAGGGUGAUUGACCGUCAUCUUGAACUUCUUCCAUUUUCUAAUAAUUGCGCCAACAGUUGUUGCCUUCUCACCAAGCUGCUUGCCUAUUGUCCUGUAGCCCAUCCCAGCCUUGUGCAGGUCUACAAUUUUAUCCCUGAUGUUCUUACACAGCUCUCUGGUCUUGACCAUUGUGGAGAGGUUGGAGUCUGUUUGAUUGAGUGUGUGUGUGGACAGGUGUCUUUUAUACAGGUAACGAGUUCAAACAGGUGCAGUUAAUACAGGUAAUGAGUGGAGAACAGAAGGGCAUCUUAAAGAAAAACUAACAGGUCUGUGAGAGCCGGAAUUCUUACUGGUUGGUAGGUGAUCAAAUACUUAUGUCAUGCAAUAAAAUGCAAAUUAAUUACUUAAUAAUCAUACAAUGUGAUUUUCUGGAAUUUUGUUUUAGAUUCCGUCUCUCACAGUUGAAGUGUACCUAUGAUAACAAUUACAGACCUCUACAUGCUUUGUAAGUAGGAAAACCUGCAAAAUCGGCAGUGUAUCAAAUACUUGUUCUCCCCACUGUAUAUCUCUAUCUAUAUAUAUAUAUAUAUAUAUAUAUAUAUAUCAUUUUACAUUUACAUUUUAGUCAUUUAGCAGACGCUCUUAUCCAGUUAGUGAGUGCAUACAUUCUAUCUCUCUCUCUCUAUAUAUAUAUAUACAUACAUACAUACAUACAUACAUACAUACAUACAUACAUACAUACAUACAUACAUACAUACAUACAUACAUACAUACAUACAUACAUACAUACACACACACACACCACACACACACACACACACACACACACACACACACACACCACACACACACACACACACACACACCACACACACACACACACACACACACACACACACACACACACACACACACACACACACACACACACAGUGAGGGGAAAAAAGUAUUUGGCCCCCUGCUGAUUUUGUACGUUUGCCCACUGACAAAGAAAUGAUCAGUCUAUAAUUUUAAUGGUAGUUUUAUUUGAACAGUGAGAGACAGAAUAACAACAACAAAAUCCAGAAAAACGCAUGUCAAAAAUGUUAUAAAUUGAUUUGCAUUUUAAUGAGGGAAAUAAGUAUUUGACCCCCUCUCAAUCAGAAAGAUUUCUGGCUCCCAGGUGUCUUUUAUACAGGUAACGAGCUGAGAUUAGGAGCACACUCUUAAAGGGAGUGCUCCUAAUCUCAGUUUGUUACCUGUAUAAAAGACACCUGUCCACAGAAGCAAUCAAUCAAUCAGAUUCCAAACUCUCCACCAUGGCCAAGACCAAAGAGCUCUCCAAGUAUGUCAGGGACAAGAUUGUACAUUUACAUUUAUGUCAUUUAGCAGACGCUCUUAUCCAGAGCGAUUUACAAAUAGGUGCAUUCACCUUACAGGCAGUGGGAUAACCACUUUACAAUGUAUUUUUUUUUUCUUUUCUUUUUUUCUUUUUUUUUUGGGGGGGGGGUAGAAGGAUUACUUUAUCCUAUCCCAGGUAUUCCUUAAAGAGGUGGGGUUUCAAAUGUCUCCGGAAGGUGGUGAGUGACUCCGCUGUCCUGGCGUCGUGAGGGAGCUUGUUCCACCAUUGGGGUGCCAGAGCAGCGAACAGUUUUGACUGGGCUGAGCGGAAACUAUGCUUGUAGACCUACACAAGGCUGGAAUGGGCUACAAGACCAUCGCCAAGCAGCUUGGUGAGAAGGUGACAACAGUUGGUGCGAUUAUUCGCAAAUGGAAGAAACACAAAAGAACUGUCAAUCUCCCUCGGCCUGGGGCUCCAUGCAAGAUCUCACCUUGUGGAGUUGCAAUGAUCAUGAGAACGGUGAGGAAUCAGCCCAGAACUACACGGGAGGAUCUUGUCAAUGAUCUCAAGGCAGCUGGGACCAUAUUCACCAAGAAAACAAUUGGUAACACACUACGCCGUGAAGGACUGAAAUUCUGCAGCGCCCGCAAGGUCCCCCUGCUCAAGAAAGCACAUACACAGGGCCGUCUGAUGUUUGCCAAUGAACAUCUGAAUGAUUCAGAGGGCGGCAGGUAGCUUAGUGGUUAAGAGCGUUGUGCCAGUAACCGAAAGGUCGCUAGUUCUAAUCCCCGAGCCGACUAGGUGAAAAAUCUGUCGAUGUGCCCUUGAGCAAGGCACUUAACCCUAAUUGCUCCUGUAAGUCGCUCUGGAUAAGAGCGUCUGCUAAAUGACCAAUUAUUAUUAUUAUUAUUAUUAUUAUUAUUAUUAUUAUUAACUGGGUGAAAGUGUUGUGGUCAGAUGAGACCAAAAUCGAGCUCUUUGGCAUCAACUCAACUCGCUGUGUUUGGAGGAGGAAUGCUGCCUAUGACCCCAAGAACACCAUCCCCACCGUCAAACGUGGAGGUGGAAACAUUAUGCUUUGGGGGUGUUUUUCUGCUAAGGGGACAGGACAUCUUCACCGCAUCAAAGGGAUGAUGGACGGGGCCAUGUACCGUCAAAUCUUGGGUGAGAACCUCCUUCCCUCAGCCAGGGCAUUGAAAAUGGGUCGUGGAUGGGUAUUCCAGCAUGACAAUGACCCAAAACACACGGCCAAGGCAACAAAGGACUGGCUCAAGAAGAAGCACAUUAAGGUCCUGGAGUGGCCUAGCCAGUCUCCAGACCUUAAUCCCAUAGAAAAUCUGUGGAGGGAGCUGAAGGUUCGAGUUGCCAAACGUCAGGCUCGAAACCUUAAUGACUUGGAGAAGAUCUGCAAAGAGGAGUGGGACAAAAUCCCUCCUGAGAUGUGUGCAAACCUGGUGGCCAACUACAAGAAACGUCUGACCUCUGUGAUUGCCAAAAAGGGUUUUGCCACCAAGUACUAAGUUAUGUUUUGCAGAGGGGUCAAAUACUUAUUUCCCUCAUUAAAAUGCAAAUAAGCUUUUCUGGAUCUUUUUGUUGUUAUUCUGUCUCUCACUGUUCAAAUAAACCUACCAUUAAAAUUAUAGACUGAUCAUGUCUUUGUCAGUGGGCAAAUGUACAAAAUCAGCAGGGGAUCAAAUACUUUUUUCCCUCACUGUAUAUAUCUCUUUAUCCAAAUGUAUGAUCAAGUGGAUGAUGUUGUCUCCAUUUUGUCUCAUGUUCUCCCUGUCUCUAGAGCAUUCGAGUGAGACUCCUCAGAAGGUGAGUAUUGGAGAUAACCGAUGUAGAGCCAGUUGUCACCUGACUUGGUGCCCGUACUGAGCUGUGACCUGUGUUACUUCCUGUUUCCUCUCAGGGCAGGAAGGGGCAGUUUGUUUCCACAACGCCCCACAGACUCAGGAAGAGACUCUCAGGUGAGAAACAAACAAUCGGCUACUGACGUUGUAAAUAAAUGUUUGGGACAUUCAAUCAAAUCUUUCAGCCAUAACUAUACUGAACAAAAAUAUAAACGCAACAUGUAAAGUGUUGGUCCCCAUGUUUCAUGAGCUGAAAUAAAAGAUCCCAGAAAAUGUUCCAUACAUACAAAAAGCUUAUUUCUCUCACAUUUUGUGCGCAAAUUUCUUUACAUCCCUGUUAGUGAGCAUUUCUCAUUUGCCAAGAUAAUCCAUCCACCUGACAGGUGUGGCAUAUCAAGAAGCUGAUUAAACAGCAUGAUCAUUACACAGGUGCACCUUGUGCUGGGGACAAUAAAAGGCCACUAAAAUGUGCAGUUUUGCCACACAACACAAUAUUACAGGAGUCUCAAGUUUUGAGGGAGGGUGUAAUUGGCAUGCUGACUGCAGGAAUGUCCAGCAGAGCUGCUGCCAUAGAAUUGAAUGUUAAUUUCUCUACCAUAAGCCGCCUCCAACAUUGUUUUAGAGAAAUUGGCCGUAUGACGUCGUGUGGGCGAGCGGUUUGCUGAUGUCAACGUUGUGAACAGAGUGCCCUACGGUUGGGUUAAGGUGUGGGCAGGCAUAAGCUACGGACAACUAACACAAUUGCAUUUUAUCGAUGGCAAUUUGAAUACACAGAGAUACUGUGAUGAGAUCCUGAGGCCCAUAGUCGUGCCAUUCAUCCGCCGCCAUCACCUCAUGUUUCACCAUGAUAAUGCACGGUCCCAUGUCGCAAGGAUCUGUGCACAAUUCCUGGAAGCUGAAAAUGUCCCAGUUCUUCCAUGGCCUGCAUACUCACCAGACAUGUCACCCAUUGAGCAUGUUUGGGAUGUUCUGGAUCAACGUGUACAAUCGCGUGUUCCAGUUCCCGCCAAUAUCCAGCAACUUCGCACAGCCAUUGAAGAGGAGUGGGACAACAUUCCACAGGCCACAAUCAACAGCCUGAUCAACUCUAUGCCAAGGAGAUGUGUCACGCUGCAUGAGGCAAAUGGCGGUCACACCAGAUACUGACUGGUUUUCUGUUCCACGCCCGUACUUUUUUAAAAAGGUAUCUGUGACCAACAGAUGCAUCUCUGUAUGACUGUAAGUCGCUUUGGAUAAAAGCGUCUGCUAAAUGGCUUAUUAUUAUUAUUAUUAUAUUAUUCCCAGUCAUGUGAAAUUCAUAGAUUAGGGCCUAAUGAAUUUAUUUAAAUUGACUUAUUUCCUGAUAUGAACUGUAAAUCUUUUAAAUGGUUGGGUUUCUAUUUUUGUUCAGUGUAUUAAACCUAGUUCUGUCUGUCUGUUGUCUGUCUGUUGUCUGUCUGUUGUCUGUCUGUUGUCUGUCUGUUGUUUUAGCUCCCAGCCUGAGGUCUGACAGCGACAGCGAGCUCUCUCCCUCUGACUCUGGAGAGGAUGAUGAUGAUGAAGAUGGGAAGGGAGAGGAGGAGCAUGUGAAGGGAGAGGAGGAGGAGUCAGAGUCCAGCACACUCAGGAAGCUUCCAGCCACAGCUCUCUAUAAGACGCCUGCCAAGAAGAGCAAGACCGCCCCAGAACCACCCAGCCAGGUCAGUCAGCGGCCAAGACCGCCCCAGAACCACCCAGCCAGGUCAGUCAGCGGCCAAGACCGCACCAGAACCACCCAGCCAGGUCAGCCAGGCAGACCGCCCCAGAACCACCCAGCCAGGUCAGUCAGCCAGCCAGGCAGACCGCCCCAGAACCACCCAGCCAGGUCAGUCAGGCAGACCGCCCCAGAACCACCCAGCCAGGUCAGUCAGUCAGCCAGGCAGACCGCCCCAGAACCACCCAGCCAGGUCAGUCAGUCAGCCAGGCAGACCGCCCCAGAACCACCCAGCCAGGUCAGUCAGGCAGACCGCCCCAGAACCACCCAGCCAGGUCAGUCAGUCAGCCAGGCAGACCGCCCCAGAACCACCCAGCCAGGUCAGUCAGUCAGCCAGGCAGACCGCCCCAGAACCACCCAGCCAGGUCAGUCAGCGGCCAAGACCGCCCCAGAACCACCCAGCCAGGUCAGUCAGUCAGCCAGGCAGACCGCCCCAGAACCACCCAGCCAGGUCAGUCAGUCAGCCAGGCAGACCGCACCAGAACCACCCAGCCAGGUCAGUCAGUCAGCCAGGCAGACCGCCCCAGAACCACCCAGCCAGGUCAGUCAGCCAGCCAGGCGACCGCCCAGAACCACCCAGCCAGGUCAGUCCAGCAGGCAGGCAGACCGCCCCAGAACCACCCAGCCAGGUCAGUCAGCCAGGCAGGCAGACCGCCCCAGAACCACCCAGCCAGGUCAGUCAGUCAGCCAGGCAGACCGCCCCAGAACCACCCAGCCAGGUCAGCAGGCAGACCGCCCCAGAACCACCCAGCCAGGUCAGUCAGCGGCCAAGACCGCCCCAGAACCACCCAGCCAGGUCAGUCAGCCAGCCAGGCAGACCGCCCCAGAACCACCCAGCCAGGUCAGUCAGCCAGCCAGGCAGACCGCCCCAGAACCACCCAGCUAGGUCAGUCAGCCAGCCAGGCAGACCGCCCCAGAACCACCCAGCCAGGUCAGUCAGCCAGCCAGGCAGACCGCCCCAGAACCACCCAGCUAGGUCAGUCAGGCAGACCGCCCCAGAACCACCCAGCCAGGUCAGUCAGCCAGCCAGGCAGACCGCCCCAGAACCACCCAGCUAGGUCAGUCAGGCAGACCGCCCCAGAACCACCCAGCCAGGUCAGUCAGGCAGACCGCCCCAGAACCACCCAGCCAGGUCAGCCAGCCAGCCAGGCAGACCGCCCCAGAACCACCCAGCCAGGUCAGCCAGCCAGCCAGGCAGACCGCCCCAGAACCACCCAGCCAGGUCAGCCAGCCAGGCAGGCAGACACUAGCCACUGGCAGCGGCAAGAUUCUUUAUUUGUAUUUAUUAGGGAUCCCCAUUACUACUCUUCCUGUGGUCCAACCAUAUUAAAGCACUUCAAUUACACAUAACAAAAUAUAAAACAGUACAUCCAUAUAAUAUUAUUACACCACUACAUAUCUACAAUACAAAAUGUAUAAUACUACCAUACAACAAUAUCAUAAUGAAUGCAUGUGUCUGUACCUGUGUGUGUGUCUCUUCACAGUCCCCUCUGUUCCAUAAGGUGUAUUUUUACCUGUUUUUUAAUCUGAUUCUACUGCUUGCAUCAGUUACCUGAUGUGGAAUAGAGUUCCAUGUAGUCAUGGCUCUAUGUAGUACUGUGCACCUCCCAUAGUCCACUGAACAGUAGUCCAGGUGUGACAAAACUAGGGCCUGUAGGACCUGCCUUGUUGAUAGUGUUGUUAAGAAUGCAGAGCAGCGCUUUAUUAUGGACAGACUUCUCCCCAUCUUAGCUACUGUUGUAUCAAUAUGUUUUGACCAUGACAGUUUACAAUCCCAGGAUAUUCCAAGCAGUUUAGUCUCCUCAACUUGCUAAAUUUCCACAUUAUUCAUUACAAGAUUUAGUUGAGGUUUAGGGUUUCAGUGAAUGAUUUGUCCCAAAUACAAUGCUUUUAGUUUUGGAAAUAUUUAGGAUUAACUUAUUCCUUGCCACCCAUUCUGAAACUAACUGCAGCUCUUUGUUAAGUGUUGCUGUCAUUUCAGUCGCUGUAGUAGCUGACGUGUAUAGUGUUGAGUCAUCCACAUACAUAGACACUCUGGCUUUACUCAAAGCCAGUGGCAUGUCAUUAGUAAAGAUUGAAAAAGUAAGGGUCCUAGACAGCUGCCCUGGGGAAUUCCUGAUUCUACCUGGAUUAUGUUGGAGAGGCUUCCAUUAAAGAACACCCUCUGUGUUCUGUUAGACAGGUAACUCUUUAUCCACAUUAUAGCAGGGGGUGUAAAGCCAUAACACAUACGUUUUUCCACCAGCAGACUAUGAUCGAUAAUGUCAAAAGCCGCACUGAAGUCUAACAAGGCAUUACACACCACAUACCAACAUACAUUAUUUACAUCAACAACAUAGGAAUCACUACAGAACUUAUUGUAUGACCUCUUAUACACUAUAUUAGGCCCAGCCUUUGGAGCUUUGGUUUUCCUAGAUAUGGCUACUUUCUGGGUGAUUUUAAAUAUUGACUGGCUGUCAUCAAGCUGCCCACUCAAGAGAAAGCUUUAAACUGUAACCAGUGCCUCCAACCUGGUUCAGGUUAUCAGCCAACCUACCAGGGUAGUUACAAACAAUACAGGAAUUAAAUCAUCAACAUGUAUUGAUCAUAUCUUUACUAAUGCUGCAGAGAUUUGUUUGAAAGCAGUAUCCAAAUCCAUUGGAUGUAGUGAUCACAAUAUAGUAGCCAUAUCUAGGAAAACCAAAGUUCCAAAGGCUGGGCCUAAUAUUGUGUAUAAGAGGUCAUACAAUAAGUUUUGUAGUGAUUCCUAUGUUGUUGAUGUAAAUAAUGUAUGUUGGUCCGUGGUGUGUAAUGAUGAGCAACCAGAUGCUGCACUUGACACAUUUAAGAAAUUGCUUAUUCCAGUUACUAAUAAGCAUGCACCCAUUAAGGAAAUGACUGUAAAAACUGUGAAAUCCCCUUGGAUUGAUGAGGAACUGAAAAAUGGUAUGGUUGAGAGGGAUGAGGCAAAAGAGAUGGCAAAUAGGUCUGGCUGCACAACCGAUUGGCAAACGUAUUGCAAAUUGAGAAAUCAUGUGACUAAACUGAAUAAAAAGAACAAGAAACUACACUAUGAAACAAGGAUAAAUUACAUAAAGAAUGAUAGUAAAAAGCUUUGGAGCACCUUAAAUACAAUUUUGGGAAAAAAGGCAAACUCAGCUCCAUCUUUCAUUGAAUCAGAUGGCUCAUUCAUCACAAAACCCACUGAUAUUGCCAACUACUUUAAUACCUUUUUCAUUGACAAGGUUAGCAAACUAAGGCAUGACAUGCCAGCAACAAUUGCUGACACUACACAUCCAAGUAUAUCUGACCAAAUUAUGAAAGACAAGCAUUGUAAUUUUGAAUUCUGUAAAGUGUGGAAGAGGUGAAAAAAGUAUUAUUGUCGAUCAACAAUGACAAGCCACCGGGGUCUGACAACUUGGAUGGAAAAUUGCUGAGGAUAAUAGCGGACGAUAUUGCUACUCCUAUUUGCCAUAUCUUCAAUUUAAGCCUACUAGAAAGUGUGUGCCCUCAGGCCUGGAGGGAAGCAAAAGCCACUCUGUUACCCAAGAAUAGUAAAGCCCACUUUACUGGCUCAAAUAGCCGACCAAUCAGCCUGUUACCAACCCUUAAUAAACCAAAUAAAAUGCUAUUUUACUGUAAACAAAUUGACAAGACUUUCAGCACGCUUAUAGGGAAGGACAUUCAACAAGCACAGCACUUACACAAAUGACUGAUGAUUGGCUGAGAGAAAUUGAUGAUAAAAAGAUUGGGGGGGCUGUUUUGUUAGACUUCAGUGUGUCUUUUGACAUUAUCGAUCAUAGUCUGUUGCUGGAAAAACGUAUGUGUUAUGGCUUUACACCCCCUGCUAUAUUGUGGAUAAAGAGUUACCUGUCUAACAGAACACAGAGGGUGUUCUUUAAUGGAAGCCUCUCCAACAAAAUCCAGGUAGAAUCAGGAAUUCCCCAGGGCAGCUGUCUAGGCCCCUUACUUUUUUCAAUCUUUACUAAUGAGUAAAGCAAGUGUGUCUAUGUAUGUGGAUGACUCAACACUAUACACGUCAGCUACUACAGCGACUGAAAUGACUGUAACACUUAACAAAGAGCUGCAGUUAGUUUCAGAGUGGGUGGCAAGGAAUAAAUUAAUCCUAAGUAUUUCAAAAACUGAAAGCAUUGUAUUUGGGACAAAUCAUUCACUAAACCUCAAUUACAUCUCGUAAUGAAUAAUGUGGAAAUUGAGCAAGUUGAGGUGACUAAACUGCUUGGAGUAACCCUGGAUUGUAGACUGUCAUGGUCAAAGCAUAUUGAUACAACAGAGGUGUCGACGUGCAUACCGCACAAGACAUGCCAGAGGUCUCUUCACAGUCCCCAAGUCCAGAACAGACUAUGGGAGGUGCACAGUACUACAUAGAGCCAUGACUACAUGGAACUCUAUUCCACAUCAGGUAACUGAUGCAAGCCGUAAAAUCAGAUUAAAAAACAGGUAAAAAUACAAACAUACAUAUAGACACUCACUCUACACACACGUACACAUGGAUGUUGUAUUGUAAAUAUGUGAUAGUGGAGUAGUGGCCUGAGGGAACACACUAAAUGUAUUGGAUAAAGUGUUAUGAAAUAUAAUGUCAUGUAAUAUUUUUAAUUGUAUAUAACUCCCUUAAUGUUACAGGACCCCAGGAAGAGUAAUGCUAAUGGAGAUCCUUAAUAAAUACAAAAUACAAAAAUACAAUCAAGUUGUAGAAACAUCUCAAGGAUGGUCAAAUGAAACAGGAUGCACCUGAGCUCAAUUCCGAGUCUCAUAGCAAAGGGUCUGAAACAUGAGGUGAUGGCGGCGGAUGAAUGGCACGACUAUGGGCCUCAGGAUCUCGUCAUGGUAUCUCUGUGCAUUCAAAGUGCCAUCGACAAAAUGCAAUUGUGUUUGUUGUCUGUAACUUAUGGCUGCCCAUACCAUAACCCCGCCACCACCAUCUGUUCACAACGUUGACAUCAGCAAGCUGCUGACGCCAUACACAUGGUAUGCGGUUGUGAGGCCGGUUGGACGUACUGCCACAUUCUCGAAAACAACGUUGGAAGGGGCUUAUGGUAGAGAAAUGAACAUUAAAUUAUCUGGCAGUAGCGCUGGUGGACAUUCCUGCAGUUAGCAUGCUCCCUCAACUUGAGACUCCUGUGGCAUUUUGUUGAGUGACAAAACUGCACAUUUUAGUGGCCUUUUAUUGUCCCCAGCACAAGGUGCACCUGUGUAAUGAUCAUGCUGUUUAAUCAGCUUCUUGAUAUGCCACACCUGUCAGGUGGAUGGAUUAUCUUGGCAAAGGAGAAAUACUCACUAACAGGGAUGUAAACACAUUUGUGCACAAAAUGUGAGAGAAAUGCAUUUUGUGUGUAUGGAACAUUUCUGGGAUCUUUUAUUUCAGUUCAUGAAACAUGAGACCAACACUUUUUUUUAUUUUUGUUGAGUGUAGUACUGUGCGCCUCCCAUAGUCUGUUCUGGACAUGGGGACUGUGAAGAGACCUCUGGUGGCAUGUCUUGUGGGGUAUGCAUGGGGACUGUGAAGAGACCUCUGGUGGCAUGUCUUGUGGGGUAUGCAUGGGGACUGUGAAGAGACCUCUGGUGGCAUGUCUUGUGUGACAUUGUUCUCUCGUUUGUAGCCCAGUCUGGUAGAGGAAUACUUUGAGGCUCACGGCAGUUCUAAAGUCCUGACAUCAGACCGAACCCUGCAGCGCCUACACACACCGAAACUUGACCGGGUGAGUACACACACCUAACCUAGACCGGGUGAGUACACACCCCUAACCUAACCUAGACCGGGUGAGUACACACCCCUAACCUAACCUAGACCGGGUGAGUACUCACCCCUAACCUAACCUAGACCGGGUGAGUACUCACCCCUAACCUAACCUAGACCGGGUGAGUACUCACCCCUAAACUAACCUAGACCGGGUGAGUACUCACCCCUAACCUAACCUAGACCGGGUGAGUACUCACCCCUAACCUAACCUAGACCGGGUGAGUACUCACCCCUAACCUAACCUAGACCGGGUGAGUACUCACCCCUAAACUAACCUAGACCGGGUGAGUACUCACCCCUAACCUAACCUAGACCGGGUGAGUACUCACCCCUAACCUAACCUAGACCGGGUGAGUACUCACCCCUAAACUAACCUAGACCGGGUGAGUACUCACCCCUAACCUAACCUAGACCGGGUGAGUACUCACCCCUAACCUAACCUAGACCGGGUGAGUACUCAACCCUAAACUAACCUAGACCGGGUGAGUACUCACCCCUAACCUAACCUAGACCGGGUGAGUACUCACCCCUAACCUAGACCAGGUGAGUACUCACCCCUAACCUAACCUAGACCGGGUGAGUACUCACCCCUAAACUAACCUAGGCCGGGUGAGUACUCACCCCUAAACUAACCUAGACCGGGUGAGUACUCACCCCUAACCUAGACCGGGUGAGUACUCACCCCUAACCUAGACCGGGUGAGUACUCACCCCUAACCUAGACCGGGUGAGUACUCACCCCUAACCUAACCUAGACCAGGUGAGUACUCACCCCUAACCUAACCUAGACCGGGUGAGUACUCACCCCUAACCUAACCUAGACCGGGUGAGUACUCACCCCUAAACUAACCUAGACCAGGUGAGUACUCACCCCUAACCUAACCUAGACUGGGUGAGUACUCACCCCUAACCUAGACCAGGUGAGUACUCACCCCUAACCUAGACCGGGUGAGUACUCACCCCUAACCUAACCUAGACCGGGUGAGUACUCACCCCUAACCUAACCUAGACCGGGUGAGUACUCACCCCUAACCUAACCUAGACCGGGUGAGUACUCACCCCUAACCUAACCUAGACCAGGUGAGUACUCACCCCUAACCUAACCUAGACCGGGUGAGUACUCACCCCUAACCUAGACCGGGUGAGUACUCACCCCUAACCUAACCUAGACCAGGUGAGUACUCACCCCUAACCUAACCUAGACCAGGUGAGUACUCACCCCUAACCUAACCUAGACCAGGUGAGUACUCACCCCUAAACUAACCUAGACCGGGUGAGUACUCACCCCUAAACUAACCUAGACCAGGUGAGUACUCACCCCUAACCUAGACCGGGUGAGUACUCACCCCUAACCUAACCUAGACCGGGUGAGUACUCACCCCUAAACUAACCUAGACCGGGUGAGUACUCACCCCUAACCUAACCUAGACCGGGUGAGUACUCACCCCUAACCUAGACCGGGUGAGUACUCACCCCUAACCUAACCUAGACCGGGUGAGUACUCACCCCUAACCUAGACCGGGUGAGUACUCACCCCUAACCUAGACCGGGUGAGUACUCACCCCUAACCUAACCUAGACCGGGUGAGUACUCACCCCUAACCUAACCUAGACCGGGUGAGUACUCACCCCUAACCUAACCUAGACCAGGUGAGUACUCACCCCUAACCUAACCUAGACCAGGUGAGUACUCACCCCUAACCUAGACCAGGUGAGUACUCACCCCUAACCUAGACCGGGUGAGUACUCACCCCUAACGUAACCUAGACCGGGUGAGUACUCACCCCUAACCUAACCUAGACCAGGUGAGUACUCACCCCUAACCCAGACCGGGUGAGUACUCACCCCUAGGAGAUGUAUGGAAGCUUGUAAACAACAUUAAUCUCAUGUCUUGUGUGUAGGAGACAUUGUUCCGUCUGUUAGAAGGGAAACAGUCGUGUUAUUCUUCAGAGAUUGAGAAGCUCCACUCCAGUCACCAUAAACACUUUAACAAGUGGAUGCUGCAGCUACAGUAAGGACCUGUUAUAUCAUUAUUACACCAUGACAACGGCUACGUAUGGACCUGUUAUAUCAUUAUUACACUAUGGCAACGGCUACGUAUGGACCUGUCAUAUCAUUAUACACUAUGGCAACGGCUACGUAUGGACCUGUCAUAUCAUUAUACACUAUGGCAACGGCUACGUAUGGACCUGUCAUAUCAUUAUACACUAUGGCAACGGCUACGUAUGGACCUGUCAUAUCAUUAUACACUAUGGCAACGGCUACGUAUGGACCUGUCAUAUCAUUAUACACUAUGGCAACGGCUACGUAUGGACCUGUCAUAUCAUUAUACACUAUGGCAACGGCUACGUAUGGACCUGUCAUAUCAUUAUACACUAUGGCAACGGCUACGUAUGGACCUGUCAUAUCAUUAUACACUAUGGCAACGGAUACGUAUGGACCUGUCAUAUCAUUAUACACUAUGGCAACGGCUACGUAUGGACCUGUCAUAUCAUUAUACACUAUGGCAACGGCUACGUAUGGACCUGUCAUAUCAUUAUACACUAUGGCAACGGCUACGUAUGGACCUGUCAUAUCAUUAUACACUAUGGCAACGGCUACGUAUGGACCUGUCAUAUCAUUAUACACUAUGGCAACGGCUACGUAUGGACCUGUCAUAUCAUUAUACACUAUGGCAACGGAUACGUAUGGACCUGUCAUAUCAUUAUACACUAUGGCAACGGCUACGUAUGGACCUGUCAUAUCAUUAUACACUAUGGCAACGGCUACGUAUGGACCUGUCAUAUCAUUAUACACUAUGGCAACGGCUACGUACGCUGUCUGGCUAAACAGUGUGUGUGUGUGUGUUACUGCAGGCUGGGCUACAGUGUGUUACUAGAUGUGUGUGUGUGUGUGUGUGUGUGUGUGUGUGUGUGUUACUGCAGGCUGGGCUACAGUGUGUUACUAGAUGUGUGUGUGUGUGUGUGUGUGUGUGUUACUGCAGGCUGGGCUACAGUGUGUUACUAGAUGUGUGUGUGUGUGUGUGUGUGUGUGUGUGUGUUACUGCAGGCUGGGCUACAGUGUGUUACUAGAUGUGUGUGUGUGUGUGUGUGUGUGUGUUACUGCAGGCUGGGCUACAGUGUGUUACUAGAUGUGUGUGUGUGUGUGUGUGUGUGUGUGUUACUGCAGGCUGGGCUACAGUGUGUUACUAGAUGUGUGUGUGUGUGUGUUACUGCAGGCUGGGCUACAGUGUGUUACUAGAUGUGUUUGUGUGUGUGUGUGUGUUACUGCAGGCUGGGCUACAGUGUGUUACUAGAUGUGUGUGUGUGUGUGUGUGUGUGUGUGUGUGUGUGUGUUACUGCAGGCUGGGAUACAGUGUGUUACUGUACGGGCUGGGCAGUAAGAAGGCUUUACUAGAGGAGUUCAGAGUGGCCCUGCUCUGUCAGGAGAUGCACCUGGUUAUCAACGGAUUCUUCCCUUCCAUCACUCUCAAAUCAGUCAGUAUAAAACACACCUACACACACACCUGUACACACAAACAUCUCUACAGUGGCUUGCGAAAGUAUUCACCCCCCCCCCCCCCCCCCCCUUGGCAUUUUUCCUACUUUGUUGCCUUACAACCUGGAAUUAAAAUGGAUUUUUUGGGGGGGUUGUAUCAUUUGAUUUGCACAACAUGCCUACCACUUUGAAGAUGCAAAAUAUUUUUUGGGGUGAAACAAACAAGAAAUAAGACCAAAAAAAAAACUUGAGCGUGCAUAACUAUUCACCCCCUCAAAGUCAAUACUUUGUAGAGCCACCUUUUGCAGCAAUUACAGCUGCAAGUCUCUUGGGGUAUGUCUCUAUAAGCUUGGCACAUCUAGCCACUGGGAUUUUUGCCCAUUCUUCAAGGCAAAACUGCUCCAGCUCCUUCAAGUUGGAUGGGUUCCGCUGGUGUGCAGCAAUCUUUAAGUCAUACCACAGAUUCUCAAUUGGAUUGAGGUCUGGGCUUUGACUAAGCCAUUCCAAGACAUUUAAAUGUUUCCCCUUAAACCACUCGAGUGUUGCUUUAGCAGUAUGCUUAGGGUCAUUGUCCUGCUGGAAGGUGAACCUCCGUCCCAGUCUCAAAUCUCUGGAAGACUGAAACAGGUUUCCCUCAAGAAUGUCCCUGUAUUUAGCGCCAUCCAUCAUUCCUUCAUUUCUGACCAGUUUCCCAGUCUCUGCCGAUUUAAAAACAUCCCCACAGCAUGAUGCUGCCACCACCAUGCUUCACUGUGGGGAUGGUGUUCUCGGGGUGUUGGGUUUGCGCCAGACAUAGCGUUUUCCUAGAUGGCCAAAAAGCUCAGUUUUAGUCUCAUGUGACCAGAGUACCUUCUUCCAUAUGUUUGGGGAGUCUCCCACAUGGCUUUUGGCGAACACCAAACGUGUUUGCUUAUUAUUUUCUUUAAGCAAUGGCUUUUUUUCUGGCCACUCUUCCCUAAAGCCCAGCUCUGUGGAGUGUACGGCUUAAAGUUGUCCUAUGGACAGAUACUCCAAUCUCCGCUGUGGAGCUUUGCAGCUCCUUCAGGGUUAUCUUUGGUCUCUUUGUUGCCUCUGAUUAAUACCCUCCUUGCCUGGUCUGUGAGUUUUGGUGGGCGGCCCUCUCUUGGCAGGUUUGUUGUGGUGUCAUAUUCUUUCCAUUUUUUUAUAAUGGAUUUAAUGGUCCUCCGUGGGAUGUUCAAAGUUUCCGAUUUUUUUAUAACAAACCCUGAUCUGUACUUCUCCACAACUUUGUCCCUGACCUGUUUGGAGAGCUCCCUGGUCUUCAUGGUGCCACUUGCUUGGUGGUGCCCCUUGCUUAGUGGUGUUGCAGACUCUGGGGCCUUCCAGAACAGGUGUGUGUGUAUACAGUGGGGAGAACAAGUAUUUGAUACACUGCCGAUUUUGCAGGUUUUCCUACUUACAAAGCAUGUAGAGGUCUGUAAUUUGUAUCAUAGGUACACUUCAACUGUGAGAGACGGAAUCUAAAACAAAAAUCCAGAUUGUAUGAUUUUUAAGUAAUUCAUUUGCAUUUUAUUGCAUGACAUAAGUAUUUGAUCACCUACCAACCAGUAAGAAUUCUGGCUCUCACAGACCUGUUAGUUUUUCUUUAAGAAGCCCUCCUGUUCUCCACUCAUUACCUGUAUUAACUGCACCUGUUUGAACUCGUUACCUGUAUAAAAGACACCUGUCCACACACUCAAUCAAACAGACUCCAACCUCUCCACAAUGGCCAAGACCAGAGAGCUGUGUAAGGACAUCAGGGAUACAAUUGUAGACCUGCACAAGGUUGGAAUGGGCUACAGGACAAUAGGCAAGCAGCUUGGUGAGAAGGCAACAACUGUUGGCGCAAUUAUUAGAAAAUGGAAGAAGUUCAAGAUGACGGUCAAUCACCCUCGGUCUGGGGCUCCAUGCAAGAUCUCACCUUGUGGGGCAUCAAUGAUCAUGAGGAAGGUGAGGGAUCAGCCCAGAACUACACGGCAGUACCUGGUCAAUGACCUGAAGAGAGCUGGGACCACAGUCUCAAAGAAAACCAUUAGUAACACACUACGCCGUCAUGGAUUAAAAUCCUGCAGUGCACGCAAGGUCCCCCUGCUCAAGCCAGCGCAUGUCCAGGCCCGUCUGAAGUUUGCCAAUGACCAUCUGGAUGAUCCAGAGGAGGAAUGGGAGAAGGUCAUGUGGUCUGAUGAGACAAAAAUAGAGGUUUUUGGUCUAAACUCCACUUGCCAUGUUUGGAGGAAGAAGAAGGAUGAGUACAACCCCAAGAACACCAUCCCAACCGUGAAGCAUGGAGGUGGAAACAUCAUUCUUUGGGGAUGCUUUUCUGCAAAGGGGACAGGACGACUGCACCGUAUUGAGGGGAGGAUGGAUGGGGCCAUCAACCUCCUUCCCUCAGUAAGAGCAUUGAAGAUGGGUCAUGGCUGGGUCUUCCAGCAUGACAACGACCCGAAACACACAGCCAGGGCAACUAAGGAGUGGCUCCGUUAGAAGCAUCUCAAGGUCCUGGAGUGGCCUAGCCAGUCUCCAGACCUGAACCCAAUAGAAAAUCUUUGGAGGGAGCUGAAAGUCCGUAUUGCCCAGCGACAGUCCCGAAACCUGAAGGAUCUGGAGAACGUCUGUAUGGAGGAGUGGGUCAAAAUCCCUGCUGCAGUGUGUGCAAACCUGGUCAAGACCUACAGGAAACGUAUGAUCUCUGUAAUUGCAAACACAGGUUUCUGUACCAAAUAUCAAGUUCUGCUUUUCUGAUGUAUCAAAUACUUAUGUCAUGCAAUAAAAUGCAAAUUAAUUACUUAAAAAUCAAACAAUGUGAUUUUUCUGGAUUUUUGUUUUAGAUUCCGUCUCUCAUAGUUGAAGUGUACCUAUGAUAAAAAUUACAGACCUCUACAUGCUUUGUAAGUAGGAAAACCUGCAAAAUCGGCAGUGUAUCAAAUACUUGUUCUCCCCACUGUAUAUACUGAGAUCAUGUGACAGAUCAUUGCACACAGGUGGACUUUAUUUAACUAAUUAUGUGACUUCUGAAGGUAAUUGGUUGCACCAGAUCUUAUUUAGGGGCUUCAUAGCAAAGAGGGUGAAUACAUAUGCACGCACCACUUUUCCGUUAUUUAUUUUUUGAAGCAUUUUUUUCAUUUCACUUCACCAAUUCGGACUAUUUUGUGUAUGUCCAUUACAUGAAAUCCAAAUAAAAAUCAAUUUAAAUUACAGGUUGUAAUGAAACAAAAUAGGAAAAACGCCAAGGGGGAUGAAUACUUUUGCAAGGCACUGUACACACACACACACACACACACACACACACACACACACACACACACACACACACCUGUACACAACCCUCCACCCCUCUGAUUGUCUCCUCCCUUCCUGUAGAUCCUGACUGCUCUGUCUGCAGAGCUUCUAGAACACCAAGGAACGUUCCGGAACCCUGCUGACCAACUACAGUACAUCACCACCACCCUCAGAGAACGUGUGUAAAACGUUGAUCCACAACAUGCAUGGACCCGUGUGUGUAAAACGUUGAUCCACAACAUGCAUGGACCCGUGUGUGUAAAACGUUGAUCCACAACAUGCAUGGACCCGUGUGUGUAAAACGUUGAUCCACAACAUGCAUGGACCCGUGUGUGUAGACGUUGAUCCACAACAUGCAUGGACCCGUGUGUAAAACGUUGAUCCACAACAUGCAUGGACCCGUGUGUGUAAAACGUUGAUCCACAACAUGCAUGGACCCGUGUGUGUAAAACGUUGAUCCACAACAUGCAUGGACCCGUGUGUGUAAAACGUUGAUCCACAACAUGCAUGGACCCGUGUGUGUAAAACGUUGAUCCACAACAUGCAUGGACCCGUGUGUAAAACGUUGACCCACAACAUGCAUGGACCCGUGUGUAAAACGUUGACCUGUGUGUGUGUGUCCAUCUGAAGUGUCUGUAUCUCUGACGUGUGUCAUCAGAGCCGGACCUCCAUGUGUACCUGUUGAUCCACAACAUUGACGGUCCCAUGCUCCGCGGAGAGAGGACCCAGAAUGCACUGGGCCAACUGGCCUCACUACCCAACCUGCACCUUGUCGCCUCCAUCGACCACAUCAACGCACCGCUCGGUACGGUACAUUGUGUGACUUUAGUUUUUGUACCUCCCAUUUGUCCUGCAUUAAAGGGUCUUACGACAGAUGUAGUGUAUAUGAAGGUGGGACCAGUGUAAGCUGAGUCAGUUUAACUGGGUGUGUGUGUGUGUGUGUGUGUGUGUGUGUGUGUGUGUGUGUGUGUGUGUGUGUGUGUGUGUGUGUGUGUGUGUGUGUGUGUGUGUGUGUGUGUGUGUGUGUGUGUGUGUGUGUGUGUGUGUGUGUGUGUGUGUGUGUGUGUGUGUGUCUCCCUGCAGUGUGGGACCAGUGUAAGCUGAGUCAGUUUAACUGGUUGUGGUGGGAGUGUGUGUGUUUCCAGCACUAUGUGGAGGAGACGUCCUAUGAGAACUCUCUCCUGGUUCAACAGACUGGAGCCCUCGCCCUCUCCUCCCUCACACACGUCCUACGCAGCCUUACGGCUAACGCCAGGUACGCACACGUCCUACGCAGCCUUACGGCUAACGCCAGGUACGCACACGUCCUACGCAGCCUUACGGCUAACGCCAGGUACGCACACGUCCUACGCAGCUUUACGGCUAACGCCAGGUACGCACACGUCCUACGCAGCCUUACGGCUAACACCAGGUACACACACUACAGCUAACGUCUUACAGCUAACGGCAGGUGCGCACGCUACGGCUAACGGCAGGUGCGCACGCUACGGCUAACGGCAGGUGCGCACGCUACGGCUAACGGCAGGUGCGCACGCUACGGCUAACGCCAGGUACAAACACACUGCAGCUAACACCAGGUACACACACUGCAGCUAACACCAGGUACACACACUGCAGCUAACACCAGGUACACACACUACAGCUAACACCUUAUGGCUAACACCAGGUACACACACUACAGCUAACACCAGGUACACACACUACAGCUAACACCUUAUGGCUAACACCAGGUACACACACUACAGCUAACACCAGGUACACACACUACAGCUAACACCAGGUACACACACUACAGCUAACACCUUAUGGCUAACACCAGGUACACACACUACAGCUAACGCCAGGUACACACACUGCAGCUAACGCGUUACAGCUAACACCAGGUACACACACUACAGCUAACACCAGGUACACACACUGCAGCUAACGCCUUGCUGCUAACGCCAGGUACACACACUACAGCUAACACCAGGUACACACACUGCAGCUAACGCGUUACAGCUAACACCAGGUACACACACUGCAGCUAACACCAGGUACACACACUGCAGCUAACGCGUUACAGCUAACACCAGGUACACACACUGCAGCUAACACCAGGUACACACACUACAGCUAACACCAGGUACACACACUGCAGCUAACACCAGGUACACACACUGCAGCUAACGCGUUACAGCUAACACCAGGUACACACACUGCAGCUAACACCAGGUACACACACUACAGCUAACGCGUUACAGCUAACACCAGGUACACACACUGCAGCUAACACCAGGUACACACACUACAGCUAACACCAGGUACACACACUGCAGCUAACGCGUUACAGCUAACACCAGGUACACACACUGCAGCUAACGCCAGGUACACACACUGCAGCUAACGCCAGGUACACACACUGCAGCUAACGCCAGGUACACACACUACAGCUAACGCCAGGUACACACACUGCAGCUAACACCAGGUACACAACACGUUAUCGCAGCAUUUGUUUUUCUGUAUUGUGAUGUUUGGAUAACGUUUGAUUUGAUUCUAAUGGUAUUGUGUGAUUGGAUAACGUGUGAUUUGAUUCUAAUGGUAUUGUGUGAUUGGAUAACGUGUGAUUUGAUUCUAAUGGUAUUGUGUGAUUGGAUAACGUGUGAUUUGAUUCUAAUGGUAUUGUGUGAUUGGAUAACGUGUGAUUUGAUUCUAAUGGUAUUGUGUGAUUGGAUAACGUGUGAUUUGAUUCUAAUGGUAUUGUGUGAUUGGAUAACGUGUGAUUUGAUUCUAAUGGUAUUGUGUGAUUGGAUAACGUGUGAUUUGAUUCUAAUGGUAUUGUGUGUUUGGAUAACGUUUGAUUUGAUUCUAAUGGUAUUGUGUGAUUGGAUAACGUUUGAUUUGAUUCUAAUGGUAUUGUGUGAUUGGAUAACGUGUGAUUUGAUUCUAAUGGUAUUGUGUGAUUGGAUAACGUGUGAUUUGAUUCUAAUGGUAUUGUGUGAUUGGAUAACGUGUGAUUUGAUUCUAAUGGUAUUGUGUGAUUGGAUAACGUGUGAUUUGAUUCUAAUGGUAUUGUGUGAUUGGAUAACGUGUGAUUUGAUUCUAAUGGUAUUGUGUGAUUGGAUAACGUGUGAUUUGAUUCUAAUGGUAUUGUGUGAUUGGAUAACGUGUGAUUUGAUUCUAAUGGUAUUGUGUGAUUGGAUAACGUGUGAUUUGAUUCUAAUGGUAUUGUGUGAUUGGAUAACGUGUGAUUUGAUUCUAAUGGUAUUGUGUGAUUGGAUAACGUUUGAUUUGAUUCUAAUGGUAUUGUGUGAUUGGAUAACGUUUGAUUUGAUUCUAAUGGUAUUGUGUGAUUGGAUAACGUUUGAUUUGAUUCUAAUGGUAUUGUGUGAUUGGAUAACGUGUGAUUUGAUUCUAAUGGUAUUGUGUGAUUGGAUAACGUGUGAUUUGAUUCUAAUGGUAUUGUGUGAUUGGAUAACGUGUGAUUUGAUUCUAAUGGUAUUGUGUGAUUGGAUAACGUGUGAUUUGAUUCUAAUGGUAUUGUGUGAUUGGAUAACGUGUGAUUUGAUUCUAAUGGUAUUGUGUGAUUGGAUAACGUGUGAUUUGAUUCUAAUGGUAUUGUGUGAUUGGAUAACGUGUGAUUUGAUUCUAAUGGUAUUGUGUGAUUGGAUAACGUUUGAUUUGAUUCUAAUGGUAUUGGUGUGAUUGGAUAACGUGUGAUUUGAUUCUAAUGGUAUUGUGUGAUUGGAUAACGUGUGAUUUGAUUCUAAUGGUAUUGUGUGAUUGGUCUACAGGGGCAUCUUUAAACUGCUGGUGGAAUUCCAACUGGAGAACAAAGACAACUCUUCAUACACAGGUACACACACCACACACACCACACACACACACACCACACACACACACCCCACACACACACACACACACCCCCCACACACCACCACACACACACACCACCACACACCACCAAACAAACCCACCACACACACACACCACAUCAACACACACCACACACACCCCCCACACACACCACACCACACACACACACCCACACACACCAACACCACCACACACACAACACACACACCACACACACACACACACCUACACACACCACACACACACACACCACACACACCACACCACCACACCACACACCACACACCACACCAACACAUCCACACACAUCACACCACACACACACACCACACACACACACCACACACACACACCAACACACACACACCACACACCACACACACACCACACACCACACACACACACACACCACACACACCAACACACACACACACACACACAUCCACACCACCCACCACACACACACACCACACCACACACACCACACACACCACCACACACAACCCACACACACACCACACACACCACACACACACACACACACCACACACCACACACACACACACCACACACACCACACCACACACACCACACACACACACCCACACACACCACACACCACCACACAACACACACACCCACACACACACACCACACACCACACACCACCACCACACCACCACCACACACACACACACAACCUCAACCCCCUCCUACAACCCUUUCAGAGUGAUUGUUUUAACGUGUGUGUAGGCUUGUCGUUCCAGGACUUCUACCAGCGUUGUCGGGAAGCCUUCCUGGUGAACUCUGACCUCACACUGCGGACCCAGCUCACAGAGUUCAGAGACCACAAACUCAUCCGCACACGGAAGGUACACACACACACACACACACACACACACACACACACACACUGCUACAAACUGAAACUGACUCCUUUUCCUAUGAUCCCUCAGGGUGCUGAUGGGGUUGAGUACCUGUUGGUUGCUGUGGAGACCAGCACGCUGACUGACUUCCUGGAGAAAGAGGAAGUAGAGUGAGGAGAGGGGAGGAGCAGCCAGCAUGUUCCAUCUUUGUCACUUCCAUUGAAACGAAGAGUACUGGGCCUCCGAGGGUUAGAGAACUGGGAGUCGUAUUUUAUUUUAGAUCAUAAUGAUUAAGAUUACAGGGACAACCUGAUCCUAGCUCAGCACAUGGCCCUGAUCACAUUGGUGUUAGCUAAUUACCAGAGGGACCACUGCCUGUAGCUAGCUUCAUCUGCUCUCUUUAGGCCAAAGUAAAUUCCCACAAUGUUGCUUUGACCUGGCCUUUUCAGUGCGGCGGAUGGACACAUUCCCUGUGUGUGUUUGUGAUGACUGUUGCUUAGUCUUGUCAUUGACCACCUCUUUGAAAAGCUGUAGCUCUGUUGUUUACUGAACCUACAGACACACUGUUGUCUAUGUCUAAACUGUUGUAUGAAUUGUCAACUCUUCACAUUCAGUAAAAAAUAUUUUUG